UCUGUGGUAAAAAGUUUUUACAGUCAGCUGCGCGCACCUCGUAAUAUAUUUUGAGGAUUUCGUAAUAAAAAAUAGAUUGCCGGCUUUUGGUUUGAAAUGUUCAAAAUAAUUCAGCUGUAAUAAAAUGUCGGACUGGUAUUGGCGGGUAAUUGCUCUGAAGGCAGCGUUUGCUUUAAGUUUUAUCGUUUGUAGUUUACGUGCGGACGAUACUGUGCAAAAGUUACCGUUCUGCAAUCCUAAUAAUGUUAAGGACGGUCCGGUGCAUAACGAUCUAGUCAUAGUCAGCACAUUGGACGGACGGCUCACAGCCUUCUCAACACAGAAUGGCCUCAAAGCUUGGGAUUUGGAGACACAGCCGCUGCUCUCGUCAAAUCUUCACCAUGUCGAGCUCACAUCUGGAGGGAAGUGGGUCCGCUUGGUCCCGUCGCUCAGCGGCAGCCUGUACAGUCUCAGCGGGGACAACAUUGAGCCGUUACCCUUCGAUGCUGACCAACUGUUGUCCUCAUCAUUUAAGUACUCGGACGACCUUGUUAUAGCUGGUGCUCGCGAGACCCUCUGGUUCGGUCUGGACGCGCACACCGGCGGCGUGAUCUACGAGUGCGGCUCCGGCGGCUGCAGUACCGAACAGCAGACGGCAAACGCGGACCGUGACGUCAUCGUCCUGAGGCGACAUUCCAGCACCGUCAGAGCACUGGACCCUAGGAGCGGGAGUGAGAAAUGGAACUUCAGCGUGGCCGAGCAUCGCGUGGCACUAAGCCGUCGGGAGUGCGCGGAGGCGGGCGCGGGCGCGGCGCCGCUGGGCGUGGCUGUAGCGCUGCCUGAGGGAGUCGUCGCUGUACGAGAUGUUGCUGGAUCCAAACUGUGGCAGCAGAAGCUAGAGUCCCCGGUAGCGGGCAUAUGGCGCCUGUACUCCGGUACCCUGCAACAUAUCGACGUACUAUGGGAGGCCACGCAGACCCUCGCGAACGGCGGACUCACACAACAGCCCUCCUUGUAUAUAGGGGUACAUGACAAACAGCUAUACAUCCAAGAAAGUGAAUUCUACACUCGUAAGCUGGAAACAGCUGUGUCAGCGAAGCCGUUGCCAUGGAAACUGGUGACAGCUCGACCGCAGCUCACAGCUGAGCCAGAAGACGAGAGAGCGUUAUCACUGCACGAUACUGAUAAGAACGCGCUGUCUCUUAUCACGCUGUAUGGGAGCGCUGGGAACAAUAUAGGUGAUCACGGCUACUUCGUCUACCUAGAAGACACUUGCGACCAAUCCGUCCAAGUGUCAGAAGACCUGUUCGACGACACAGCCCUGCCCAACAUAAGUGCUGAGGAACCUGAACACCAUCACAUCCACGUCCAUAUCUCCUCGCUCUGGUAUUGGUGGAAGGAAGUCCUGCUGAUUGCUGUGUCUUCGGCUCUGCUGAUGAACCUCAUGAUCUGGCCAAGGUUCUUCGCGCCGAAGAUUAGGGCGCAGACCCCGUUGCCGAUUGUUAGUCAGGAGCAGGUGGUGGUCCAGGUCUGUGGCUGGCACCCGGACCAACCCGGGCCGCGGCCGAACAUUCCAGAAUACUCCGGCCGCUACGAGAACGACUUCACGCCGCUCCGCUGUUUGGGACGAGGCGGCUUCGGCGUGGUCUUCGAAGCUAAGAACAAUAUCGAUCAUUGUUCGUAUGCUGUUAAGAGGAUAACUUUGCCGAGGAGGGAGUCAAAACGCGAGCGCGUACUACGUGAAGUGAGAGCCCUAGCCAAGUUAGACCACGAACACAUCGUGCGGUACUUCAACGCGUGGGUGGAGGAACCGCCGCCGCUGUGGCAGAAACAGAGGGAUGAGGUGUGGAUGAGAGAACUGGACGCGCCCGCCAGUGACGUCAUGCUGAACCUCAAGUCUUCAGACCUCAGCUUCGACGCGCUGGAGUUCAAGAAGGACGAGCCUUCCAAGAGGAUCAGAUCCUUCAGCUGCGACGAUUCCUUCAGCAUAGUUUUCGAUGAGAACGCACCAUCCUCCGACAAAACUCCGACCAAUGACGUCACAUAUUCAAAGACCAACGACGUCACACACUCAAGGACCAAUGACGUCAGUCACUCGAAGCCCGACGACGACUCGUUCAUAGUAUUCGCUCACUCCGAAACAGAGUCGAAGAGAAACUCCUUUGAUAAGAGAUUGGAGAGAGUUAAAGAGUGCGAUUAUAAGACUGAAAGUUCUACUACUGGGAGGAAGAAGAAGCUCGGACCCUCGCCCGCAGGUCCUCACCCGCAGAUGUACCUCUACAUCCAGAUGCAGCUGUGUCGGCGCGACAGCUUGCACGACUGGCUCCGGGACAACCGCAAGUGCGACGCCAGGGCUGAUAAGGUAAAGAUCCUAUUCAGUCAGAUAGUAUCAGCGGUGGAAUACGUCCACUUAGCGGGCCUCAUCCAUCGAGAUCUCAAACCGAGUAACAUUCUAUUCGCUCCCGACGGCCGCGUCAAGGUCGGAGACUUCGGGCUGGUCACCGCCAUGAACGACACUUCUAAUGAUGGCGAGGAGAAGACUGAUGCUGUGGACCCUCAUCAACGGCAUACGUAUAGAGUUGGCACCCACCUCUACAUGUCACCGGAACAGCUGCUGGGCCGUCCCUACAGCUACAAGGUGGACAUAUACUCCCUCGGCCUGAUCCUGUUCGAGUUGCUGCAGCCCUUCGCUACGGAGGCCGAGCGCGUGGCGUGUCUUCUACGGCUCAGGAACUCUUUGUAUCCUGAACAGUUUACUCAGAGUUAUCCUCAAGAGACGGAAGUCUUAAAGCUGAUGCUGAGCGAGGAUCCCUCGCAGCGUCCAACAGCUACAGGUGUGAGAGCUCGCGCGCCGCUGUUCCAGCUCACCAACCCUGAACAUCACUUCAUACUGCCUGCUAUGGCGGCCGCGUAACAU